UUUGAAGAGGAGUGUCUUCUCACAUGCGCACACACACACACACACACACACACACACACACACAAAAACUCCUCCCCAGAAUCGGACUCAAUUGUCACACCAAUCCGAAGUUGCUGGGAAAUAUUGAACCCAAGAAAAACAGCAAAAAUGCGUGUCACCAUUAAGAAGUGUCUUGGACCUAUGUUGCUCACUGGACUAACACUGCUCGCCCUCUUUUAUGCAUGGAGCCCUGGGGCCAGCUCAUCAGUUGAUGUGCGGCCGAGACAGCGAAGUCCAUUGCAAAAACUCCUCCAUGAGACGAUCCAAGGCAUCAUCAGUGUCCAUCACAAUGACAUUGCUUACCACAUAAAAGAGGAUGUUGCAUGUCAUUUGGCUCUGAACACAUGUGUGUGUGUGGCUGACAAAGAGACCUUUCACCUGCCUUUCUCCAAUCUGCUGUUUCCACGAGUGUGGGCCCACAACGUUUCUCAGGCGUUCUUAGAGUCCCAUCCUGAUCCAGAGGCCGCAAAGGGUCACAGAGCUCAGGAGUUCAACAGCUUUCAGAGGAGGUCCUACAGUCCUGCAGAUGAGCUCAUCAUAGCUGAAGCCAACAGUCCUCUUCAGUAUCCCACCCAGGGCGUGAAGGUGCGACCCCUCAAAACCAUCAUCAUUCCUGGUUUGGGUCUUAAAGAAGAGACAAGAUCAAACCAUGUGGUAUAUUUGACAGCAACACUCGGGACUUUCGAUGUUGCUGCUACAGUGGACAGGGUCGAUGUUAAAGGGGAGGGAGAGAAGCACAUGACACUGUCGAGUCCUGUUCUGUCCGCUCUGAACAGGCAGCUACAGUUUGUCACCUAUACAAACACUGUUUUCCACCCUAAGACAGCAGACUCAGUUCGGUUUGCAACUGAGGCUCACCAGUCAUUUUUCAGCAUUAAGAUUGGACAUGCAACCAUCCCAAAACUUUACAAUUCCGGAACCCAAAAAGAGUACAACAUCAGUGCACUUGUUACCAUCGCCACCAAGACCUUCCUACGCUAUGACAAGCUCAAAGAUCUCAUUGACAGUAUACGUCAGUAUUAUCCCACUGUCACCAUAGUGAUAGCAGAUGAUAAUAAACACCCUCAGCCAGUGACCGGGCCGCACAUUGAACAUUACAUCAUGCCAUUUGGAAAGGGUUGGUUUGCAGGAAGAAACCUGGCAGUGUCUCAGGUGACCACCAAGUAUGUGCUCUGGGCGGAUGACGACUUCAUCUUCACUGCAAACACCAAGUUGGAGAGGAUGGUGGAAAUCCUAGAGAGGACCACUCUGGAUCUGGUUGGUGGUGCGGUGAGGGAGGUGACUGGUUACACUGCAACAUUCCGUCACACCAUAUCAGUGGAGGAAGGGGGAGAGGAAGGCGACUGCUUGCAUAUAAGAAAUGGCUACCACCACGUCAUCGAGGGGUUUCCCAACUGUGUGGUAGCUGAUGCCGUCAUAAACUUCUUCAUGGGGAGGACAGACAAGGUGCUGCAGGUGGGCUUUGACCCUCGCCUGGCGCGAUGGGGUCACCUGGAGUUCUUCAUCGACGGUCUGGGCUCCCUCCACAUUGGCUCCUGCAGUGACGUCAUUAUAAGCCACGCGUCGAAGAUCAAGAUACCCUGGAGUAAAACAGAGUCUCAAAAGGCCUACGAAAAAUUCCGUUACUCACUUUCUAGUGCAGAAACUAACAUUAGCAAUGAAAUCUUCUAUUUCAAGAACAGGUUCAAGUGCAUGACCAGUCAGUGAAAGCUGGGCUCCUACAACACAUGUCUGUUUGUGGCUUCAUUACAAGGGGAAAAAAGGCAGUUAUUGUGUUAAAAUUAAGAUUUUGUUCUGCGAACGAACUCAAGGAUCCUCUCCUUGUUAUUCAGGCAGGUGUAAACCUCCAGAUUUCCAUGUGUAAAUUACUCUAAGGUAAAAAACAAGAUUUUAUUCGAUUGCAUAUACAGUAAAAUGCUGUAGGCAUACAGCCAGAGUUUACUAAUCCAGCAUUGAGUUUGAUGUCAUCUAGAUCAAUGGUUUCCAAUCCUUUGUCAGACACACCCACAGCCCUGUCAGAUGAGUUGAUGUGCAAUUUGUUGAGUUUACACCAGAACACCGAGUGACUAAUGUAUUUAACCUAAAACAGGAAAUUCAACCCUACCUUUGCAUAAAAUGGAGAAAAAAAAUAGCAGAGUCUGAAGUCCAUUCACAGUUAAAUCCAUCUUCCUCAGUGGUGCUUUUUGUUUAGUUAAACCACAUUCAGACGUUAAAUGUUUCAGUUAUCUGCGUCUUCCCAUCUGGAAAAUGUAACAACAUUAUUGGUCCCUUUUUUAAAGAAAUGAGCAGCCUCAUCUGAAAACAUGGUCACAGAUUAACUGAACUUGAAAGCACUUGUUAUUGAUUCAGCCAGUUGUUACUUCUUUAUUCAUGAAAUGUUUUUGAAUGUUUUUUUGACUGAUACUGGCUACACACACACUUGGCUUCAAAGUGGUGUAAGCAUGUGUCUUGCUGUGCAAUUAAACUGAAUGCAAAGGUUGUUAACCGACCCUUUUAUUGCCCUUGGUGCAAUUUAUCUAAUUUAUUCUUUGUUUAUUUGACUGGGAUGGAGUGCAGCGUCUUAGCUGUAACAGAGAGAGCCGUGAGAGAAUUCACAGCUGUAAUUCAUGAGCAGGAGUAUAAGUAGUAGGAGUAUACGCUUCUAGUUUAUGCCCUUUGAGCAGUAAAAGUAAGGCCAGCUGAUAGACUGAUAUGUGUUGGUAAUGCCUCGUAUCAAGGUCCUUGUGAUAACAGAAAGGCCCACAAUCGAUAGACUGACUGAUAUAGUGGUUAGCUGACUUAAAGAGACAGGAGUUUAAAAAAGGGCGUUUCACACAGUGGGCUAUACAAUGCUGCAGCACUGUACAGCAUGAGAGAACCGAUAUGGGCAUUUUUUCGCGUAAACUGACAUUUAAUUUCAUAUUAUUACACUUGAUAUCAAGCUCAGACAAAAAAUUGGGUAUUCAUACAGAAAGAGAGCUACACAGCCCAUGUUCUGUAGGAGACUGAUCACUGAAGCUGUCUGUUUAUGUGUCCUGGGUUACGGUGAUGUUAUCUGUAGACACGCCUCCCUCCUAAUCUUACUCCACAAAAAAUUGGUUUAUCACUCCACCCUUGGGUUCACUACUGGUCAUUGUUGUUCCACUCUUUAUGAGAAAGUUCUUAACAGCAAGAUGUGACAGUCAAUGGUUUCUGUUUCUGCCACCACCAUAUAUUAUCUCUUAAUCAAUCUGGUCACAGUGUCACCAUUCAACACGCUGUAGUGAUUGUAUAAUGGUUAUGCAUAUCUAUGGUAACUGUUUAAACUAUGUGCUGUCCUCUAUGGUUGUCUGCCAUUCAUCUUUUAUGCACCUCAGUUUUAUUUGUGUCAUGUCAUGUUCGUUUACUGCGGUUUCUUAUCAUUUUCAUGCACUGUUUUUCAUUUUUAUUGGUAAUCUGUCAUAUUGCUUCUUAUUUGUUAUCCGUUUUAUGUACCCAUUCUGUUUAUUAGACUUUAGAUUUUAGACUUUUGUUUAUCCCACAUCUGGGAAAUUCACUUGUCACAGUAGCAGGUACAGGUACAUUAUACAAUAAGUACAAGACUUAUUAAUACUUAUUAGAAUACAAAAAAAAUACUGAAAAAGAUUUAGAUUAAAGAGAAAAGAUAAAAUAUAAACAGGAUUAUACGCAUUAUAUACCAGUUCUUUUAUUAUGUUGUUUCUGUUUGUUAUCACACUUUUGCACCUAUUGUUUUUACUCCCUGUACACACAUGACUGCACACCCACUCACCCCUCUAAUACCAUCAUUAAGUUUGCGGAUGACACCAUGGUCAUCAGCCUCAUCAGUGGAGGGGAUGAGACUGCAUACAGGGAUAAGGUAACGAGCUGGCAGAAUGGUGUUCUGAACGCAACCUACUGCUCAAUACCAGCAAAACAAAGGAGAUGGUGAUAGACUUCAUGAAACACAAGGGGGAACCAGCCCCACUGAACAUCAACGGGGACUGUGUUCAGCUGGUGCCCUCGGGACACAUUUAACUGAGGACCUCUCCUGGACUGCAAACACAUCCGCAAUGGUAAAAAAAAGGCCUGAUAUUGACUGCACUUUCUAAGGAUACUUAGAAGGAACCAUCUGGAGGAGAAACUGUUAGUGGCCUUUUACCGCAGCACCAUAGAGUGCGUCCAUACAUACUGCAUUACAGCCUGGUAUGCCGACAGGCAGGAUAAAACUGCAGAGCGUCGUUAAAACAGCUCAACACAUCACUGGCAGCCCACUACCCUUGCUAGAAGACAUUGUCAGCAAGCAGUGUCUUAGGAAAGUGAGGGCAUGAAUAAAGUUUUAAUGAAUUAAUUUAAGCAACCCCAAACAAAGUUAUGUACCUGGAAAAGAGCUGAAUAUUUCUCCUUUAAAUUUUCAGAAAGUUUAUAAUUUUAGUGCACUGGUGACAUUUUAGACAAUAAAGUUUAUUGUUUUACUAUGAAA